UUCUCUGGGCUAUACCUAUGACAUGACUGUUUAUUUGGGGAAACAAAGGCAACUUGCAACCGAAGAAAUUACACCAACCCAUGGCAUUGUUCUCCAACUUAUUCGAAGAGUAGAAGGCUCAGGACACAAACUUUAUAUGGACAGUUAUUUCAGUUCCCCUGCAUUGUAUGAUGAUCUUCUAGAGCACAGAAUAAAUUUGUGUGGCACUGUUCGCAAUGACAGGCGUGGAAUGCCACAAGAAAUUCGGCCCAAAUCGCUGAAAUUGAAAAAAGGGGACAUUGUGACAAGAGUGAAGGGGAAUCUAAGUGUUGUUCGUUGGAAGGACAAGCGCGAUGUGUAUGUUCUGACGAAUAUGCACCCUCCUCCAUUGGAUGGCAACUUCCGAGAUGAAUCUGGCCGUGCUAUCAAACCUCAUGUAAUUGAAGACUACAAUGCACACAUGGGCUUUGUGGACAAAUCUGAUAGAAUGGUGAACAGCUAUGGCAUUGCUCGGAGGACAUGGAAAUGGACGAAGAAAUUAUUCUUCCACCUCCUAGACAUGACUGUUCUCAAUGCAUAUCUGUUACACAAGUCAUGUGAUGGAAAAAUGACGCACAAAAAAUUCCGCGAAAUUUUGGUGCGUGAUUUGAUUCUUCAAUCGCAUGAGGCGAACAUCACGGUCAGUGGCGUUUCUCGGGGGAGGCCAAGUUCAUCUGGGGCCCAACUGAGUCGACUGGAGGUGAAACAUUCAAAACACUGGCCAGCUAAGGGGAAACAAAGACGGUGUCGGGUUUGUUCUAUAAACAAGAAAAGCAGAAGCACGCUUUUCUGCUGUAAAAAGUGUGAUGUCGCGCUGUGUGUGGUGGACUGCUUCGAGAAAUGGCACACGCGCGUCAGAGUGUAAGCUGUGAAGUGACGCAGUCCAAACCGUGUACAGUCCGGCCCAAAUAUUAGAUUCAAGGUUGAAGAAAAAUAACGGGUAAGUACUUUAGAAUUUCAUAACGUAUUUAAUAACGAU